GUCGGACCCGGCCGAGCGAGGAGUCAGCAUGGCUGCGGCGUUCCGCAGAGGCUGCGGGAUCCUAAGAAGUCUUCCUCACUUUGAGUGGCGAGCCCAACACACGAAGGCGUCUCUCAAGCAGGAGCCGGGAUUGGGCUUUAAUUUUGAGCUGACUGAACAGCAGAAAGAAUUUCAAACAACAGCUCGGAAGUUUGCCAGAGAGGAAAUAAUCCCAGUCGCUGCGGAAUAUGACAGGACCGGAGAAUACCCGUUCCCGCUAAUUAAAAGAGCCUGGGAACUUGGCUUGAUCAAUGCACACAUUCCGGAGAACUGUGGCGGUCUUGGACUGGGGACUUUUGAUGCUUGUUUGAUUACCGAAGAGUUGGCGUAUGGAUGUACAGGGGUGCAAACUGCCAUUGAAGCAAACUCGCUGGGGCAAAUGCCUGUGAUUCUUGCUGGAAAUGACCAACAAAAGAAGAAGUAUUUGGGGAGAAUGACAGAGCAGCCAAUGAUGUGUGCCUACUGUGUUACAGAGCCCUCAGCAGGCUCUGACGUGGCUGGUAUUAAGACCAGAGCAGAAAAGAAGGGUGAUGAAUAUAUCAUCAAUGGCCAGAAGAUGUGGAUAACCAACGGAGGGAAGGCAAACUGGUAUUUUUUAUUGGCACGUUCUGACCCGGAUCCUAAAGUGCCUCCUAGUAAAGCCUUUACUGGAUUCAUUGUGGAAGCUGACACGCCAGGAAUACAUAUUGGAAAAAAGGAAUUAAACAUGGGCCAGCGGUGCUCUGAUACGAGAGGAAUCUCCUUUGAAGAUGUCAGAGUGCCUAAGGAAAAUGUCUUGAUCGCUGAAGGAGCUGGCUUCAAGAUUGCAAUGGGGGCUUUCGAUAGGACCAGACCUACAGUUGCAGCUGGCGCUGUCGGGCUAGCCCAGAGAGCUCUGGACGAAGCUACAAAGUAUGCCCUGGAGAGGAAAACGUUUGGAAAGCUGCUAGUAGAGCACCAAGCAGUUUCAUUUCUGCUGGCAGAAAUGGCGAUGAAGGUUGAACUCGCCAGACUCAGUUACCAGAGAGCAGCGUGGGAGGUUGACUCUGGCCGCCGGAACACAUACUAUGCCUCCAUUGCAAAGGCUUUCGCUGGAGACAUUGCCAAUCAGUUAGCUGCUGAUGCCGUGCAGAUUUUUGGAGGCUAUGGAUUCAACACAGAAUACCCUGUGGAGAAACUGAUGAGGGAUGCCAAGAUCUACCAGAUUUAUGAAGGCACUGCACAGAUCCAGAGGCUGAUCAUAGCCCGUGAGCACAUUGGGAAGUUUAAAAACUGAAGGAUUCAGAGGCUCAUCAUAGCCCGAGAGCACACUGGGAAGUUUAACAAUUAAAGAAAAUCACUAUUGGAAAGAUGCUUCAUCCUCGUGCGACUAAAUCUCAAGGCACUGUUUAUACUUAAAAGAAAAAGGGCUUUAUCAUCUUUCCAAGAAAACACAAUAAAAAAUGAGUAACACAAAUCUGUGCAGUUUAUUCCAAUGGUGGAAUGGUACCUCUGCUGAACUCCCAACUCAGCAAUGUGCUUUUUUUGUUUGUUUGUUUUUGUUUUAUUUUUUUUUAACCAUGGUUUCAGGAUAAAUUUAUUGGAAAAAUGAGUUCUCCUUAGUACCCCUGCCCCUGGAUGAUGUUUGCUCUGUGAUAAGUUAACCACAGUUGAAGAAAUACACUGGAGUUUUAAUGUUCAUUCAAGUGUCAGGAAAGGAAGCUUAUUCAGAAAGAACUCCGUGAAGAGUCUAAAAUAUACAUUGAAAACAUGGUAGACUUGGAUCUAUCGGAUUCCAAAGACUUAACAGUAUUUCUGAACUAAAGUGUUAAUUUUAUAAUUCUGAAUAUAUUUACUUCAUUUUGCACAAGAGUCAAAAAAUUAUAUUCUUUUUUUUUCCAUUAUAAAACUGUAAGAAGUUUCUGGGAAAUCUUAAUAAUGAACCAACAUUUCACUUGUUUCUUUUAAAAUAAUUCAAUAAAGCUAACCUUAAG